UACGAGGUGUUUACGUAGAUUACAAAUACUUUCACGAGAGAACACACAAGUUAUAGUAUCUCUAUCUUUAACCAUGAGAUCUGCUACUUGGUGUAUAGUUUCUUGUCUUCUCAUCUUUCUCGUAAUAACUGAUGGUAAAGGACCUAAAGUUGAUCCAGAUAAUACAUGUCAAAGAAUAGAAGAUAUUGAAGGAAACUGUAAAGUUGAUGGACCGAAAGCGUGUGAGAAGUAUAUGUCGACAACUUAUAACGGUACCUAUUUUAAUUGCACAUGUGACAACGUCUACAUGUUACGUAAGAUCAAGCGUUACUGCCGAUGUGACGAAAUAUGUCCAGACGCCCCACCUCCAUCGAUCCACACUCGUUAAAUAACAUCUCAUUAGUCCUUUACUAAUAACAAAAGAGAAGUUGUGAAAGUUUGCAGUGUGGAGAUCACACACGCAUAGGUUUUGUUAGUCACCAAAUCUUUCUUUUGUAAUAAAGUCAUGAGUUGAUA